AAAGUACUCAAAAUUUCCCCUACCGGUUCUCCAGAACCUGUCAGAACCUGCUGCAUUUCACCCCUGAGUUCUUUUAAUAUCAUCAUCUCAUACAAAGAGGUGAGGUGUCUAGAAGGAGAUCAGUAACUUGAGGUUUGUGUAGCCAAAUCCAGGGUUUAAACGAAUUCCUGUAUCACAGCAAUCAACAAGAAGGAAGUGAAGUUGCAAAAAAGGGAUUAUAGGCAGAAUUCUGUGGGUUUCCACAGAAUUGUUUAGAAAGUGCCACAGCUAAAUUAACAUAUUAGAAGAUAUUGUGGUUUUGUCUUUCUCUUCUCCUAAUAUUUGUCUUUAUUACAGUAUUUAUUUCAUGUUUUAGAGCACUUGCUUCCACCAUAUUAGGCAAUGAUUGUUAGAAACACACCCUGAUACCUUUAUAGAUUAGAUUAAAACAUAUUAGGUCACUAUUAAAAGAAGGGUUUAAGUUGUUAAUUCUCUCUACUCUGGUACUGGAACUGAGAUUUGAGAUUAAAAGAGUACAUUGUUUGAUCCUGAUGGGAUAAAAUAGGCUCUAAGGUCCCCUACCAUCUACAAUUUCUUUUUUCCUAUUUUGUUCCUUCUACUUUAGUUUUUCACCAAACAAAGGCUGUUAAGAUGGUGGGGAAACAGCCAUUACUAAUGCUUUUUGAUUAGUCCUUACCAGCCUAGUCUGUAUCCUUCUUUUCUUCCUGUCAGAUGGCCAACUAAAAUCCUUUGAAUCAAGGUGGAGGAUUAAAGGAUAGAGUUAUAAUAUAAUCAAGGAUGUUGUUACUACUGUAAAGGAAUAUUAACAGGCACUUGGGGAACCAGUUUCCCUCGGGAGUUUAGAAAAAUAUUGGGAACAAGGAGUUACAUUAAAGGAAACGUUUACGUUAAUUUUCUAAGAUUUGAAGGCUGGACCAGAAAGAGUUACUCCUGUCCAGCAUCACAAACGCUGGCAGAAAGGACUGGGACUUGCUAAAAUAGCCGGGGUAUCCUAUAGACACUUUAGAUUUGCUUGUUCUGUUGUCAAAGGCCAUGGCUGGAUCCCAGAUCCGCUGCCUGGAGAGCGAAGAGCCAUACAUUAAAGUAACUGAAUCAAAUCCUGAAUUUUAUUAUUGUGAACGUCAGCGGUUGGCCCUUGAAGCUCUACUUGCCAAUGGUGAGGAAGCCUUCAAUCAGUGCCUCUCCCGUGAAAAGCUGCGCCCCUUUCUGUCGGAGGGUGAACUGCAGGAAUUAAAGGCUGCAGCAACAGCAGAAGAAUUACAGGCUCCUCCUUCAGGCGGAGCAGGGACUUACAGCUUUGGAGCGAAGGGAUCUAGUCUCAGCUACUGGCCUCAGCGUUCAGAUGAUCCACCCCCAGAACUGGAGCUAGGGUGGCCAGAAAAUGGGGUUUGGAGAGGAAUUACCCGAGCGGAGGUCUAUACCCACCCACCAGGAGAAGGAGCGCCACAUAUUAAGGAAUUGGUACGCAGCUGUAUCCAACAAGCCCACAAGGUGAUUGCUAUAGUCAUGGACAUUUUCACAGAUCCUGAUAUUCUCUUAGAUCUGUACGAUGCAGCAAUCAGGCGGAGGGUACCUGUUUAUCUUGUGCUCAACCAGCAGCAUCUUCGCUCCUUCCUCUCCAUGGCUGAGAAAACUUGCCUUAAUGUCCGUCACACAGAGAACCUGCGAGUCAGAACUCUUCAUGGCUGUUCAUUCCAAAGCAGAAGCCAGAAACAGAUCACAGGAACCCUGAAGGAGAAAUUUCUGCUGGUUGAUGGAGAAAUUGCAAUCACCGGCAGCUAUAGAAAAGCCGAGCAGGUGAGUGGGAACUUGUGUUAGCUUCACCGGCUACCGCUGAAGAUCCCAUGUUGCCUGCUGCGUCUCCUCCCAAAGCAUCUCUCCGAAAUCGACUUGCAGCAUGGCGGGGUGUGGACCAUUCUGGGGGGGGUCAACAGGGAUUUCCUGAUGGGCCCAGUGCUCUUAGCGAUAUCUACAGGAACGUCCAACGAAACCGAAUCUCUGCUGCCAAGACAACAGGGGCCCGCCCUAGUAAGUCCUUAUGGGACCUCAGCCGUUUAAGCCAACUGUCUGGUUCCAGCACAACAGGCUGGGGACGAAACGGUAUAGACGCCGCUGAGGAAGCUAAAAAAUGGGGCUAUCAAGCUACACCAGCAAAGGAAUUGAUGAAACAUCGAGGAUCUGGCCACAUCCCAGAAGAACCGAAAAUGCCUUUUUACAUGGCCCAUGGGCGCAUGAUUCCAUCCCCUAGUUACGUACCCCUAGGAAGACUACAAGGACAACUCUACCAUAAGCCUCCCAAUAUAGGUUUACCCAGGACUUGGGGACAUCUGCCAAGGCCCCAGUAUGGGCAUCAGCCACGGUUUUGAACUAACUUUGAAGUUCUGAGUCAAGGGGGUGGGGGUGGGGAAGAGAGCUCUGAGGUUAACCCAGAUGCAGCUGGAAGCAUUAGAGACAGAAAUGAUUACUUCACUGCAAGGAAGAAUGAAAGCUGAUUACAGGCUGGAACUCCUCACACGUUCUGCUAUAGACUUCUUUUUUUUUAAUCUAAUGACCUUUCCCAUGGUACCAUUGCAAAAUUAGGCCCUGAACUUGCUUCCUGUUUAUACAGUGACAAAUGUUUGUGUAUCCAAUCAAGCAAGCUGAACAAUUUUUUAAUGGGGUGGGAUGAAUUAGAAACCAGCAUGCAUCUCAGAAGCAUUAUCACAAGCUGUUCAACCAUUUUGGGGUGAAGCUACUGAAACACCCAGAAUCAAUAUUAAGUGACUGUCCACCUU